CCCCCACCCCCGCCCACCCGCCCACUCCCUCACUCACAAAUCUUAGAAAUGAAUUUUCAUGACUCCUUAAACCCACUUCUCUAACUUGGUUUUUUUUUCACAUUUUCCUCAGAACCCCCCAUUUCAACAAACACAAAUUUGUUUGUUUUUCAAGAAAAAAUGGGUAAUCAGUGCACUAAACCCAACAACCAUAGCCCACCUCGUCCAGAAAUUAGCUCAAAUUGUGAAGUUUCACCGGAUCUAAGCUCAUACCAAUCAGCAUGUGAAGAAGAUCCAGAACUUCAACGUUUUGAUUCACUUCUUCAAUCAAGAGCAUCUUUAGCUCUCAAUUCCAUAGCUGUUAACAUGUUGGAUUAUAGGUCCCUUUCUCUUGAUUCUUUACGGGAGGUUACUUCAUGUUUCUUAGAUAUGAACCAAGGUGUUGUGUCUUUCAUUCUUGAAAGUAAAAAAGACAUAUGGAAAGACCCUGAUAUAUUUGAUCUUGUUAAGGAUUAUCUUGACAGUAGUAUUCACAUUAUGAAUUUUUGUACUUCCCUUGAUGAUUGUCUUGAACGUGCACAUAAUAGCCAGUCUAUAAUUCUAGUGGCACUGACUAAGUUUGAGAAUGAGAGAAAUGAAGGGGAUUCAAAGGUUCUAUUUUUGGAAACUUUGGAACAAUUGAAGAGUUUUCAGGCUGCUGGUGACCCUUUUACUGCUAAGUUUUUCUCAUCAUUUCACUCAGUUUAUUUGCAGCAAGAAGCUUUAUUGAGCAAAUUGAAGUCCAAAAAGAGUAAACUUGAUAAGAAGUUGAGUAGAGUGAAGACUUGGAAGAGAGUGUCCAAUAUAAUAUUUGCUACUGUGUUUGUUUCUGCUAUAAUUUGCUCUAUUGUUGCUGCAGCUGUGACAGCGCCACCGAUUGUGACAGCGUUGGCAGCUGCAGCUUCAGUGCCGUUGGGGACAGUUGGGAAAUGGAUAAAUUCAAUGUGGAAGAAGUAUGAGGAUGAGUUGAAGAGGGAGAGGGAGGUAUUGACUUCAAUGCAGGCUGGUAGUUUUGUUGUGAUUCAAGACUUGGAGCAUAUUCGGGUUUUGGCAGAUAAAUUGCAAAUAAUAUUCGAGGGGUUGUUAAGUAGUUCUGAUUUCGCAAUCAGUGGUAGUGAUGCGGUCACGAGUGCAAUGGAAGAGGUUAAGAAGAAUGUGAAUGGCUUUUCAGAAACCAUUGACGUUUUGAGCCAGCAUGCUAAAAAGUGUAACCAGGAUAUUAGGAUGGCACGAGCAGUGAUCUUACGUAAGAUUGUCAGUCAAGCCAGUAGCUCGAAUCAGGGCUCUGGUAUGUUCUUUGAUUGACAGUAGCUAUCUUGCUGAUUUUCCUUUGCUUCAUAUACCAUGUAAACAUUGUAAAAAGUUCGUCCUGACUGUGUUCUGUUGGGUCUGUUGAUUUGAGAUUUCUGACCCCUGCAGAAAAUUAAGUUAUAGUCCUCAAUUUAUUAGUCUA